AUGACGCAGAAGCAAAAACAGAACCUCGAUUGGACACCAGUGCUGACGGGUGGUACAGCUGCUCUAGUUACAGAAAGCUUGGUCUACCCAUUCUCAACCAUUGUUACUAGAAUUCAGUCGGAAUCGUCCUUUUAUGCCGUAGGUGGCUUCCGAAACCUGUACAGAGGUGUCAGCAGUGUUAUUCUCUGCACAAUUCCUUCGGCCUCUGUGUUUUUUGUUGUGUACGAGCAUCUCAAACGCAUUCAGCGUCCUGGGACCAGAAACCAUCUUGUGUCAUCUGCAAUUGCUGAACUGGCAUCGUGUGCCAUUCUUGCACCGGCAGAAUAUGUGCGUCAGCAGGUGCAGACAACUGCAUUGGCGCCAUCCAAAGCACUAAAGAAGCUGUUCAGUAGCAGGAGAUCGCUCUGGCGUUCGUUCGUCGGCAUGUCGGCAAGAAAUGUCCCGCUGACGAGUUUCCAAUUCACCUUGUACGAGAACAUCAAGACCCGUUUUUCCUCAGAGCACACAUCUUUCGCCGCUGUAAAAGGAGCAGCUCUCAGUGCAGCCAUCACGGCCGCUGUUUCUACGCCGCUCGAUGUGAUCAAGACGUAUAUGAACCUCAACUCGUAUUCCUACUGGGAGGCAUUGUGCGCGAUUUUCCGAACACAGGGACUCCUCGGCUUUUGCAAGGGAGUCUCGGUUCGUGUUCUCUCUGCUUCUGUGGGAUUCUCUAUUUACCUCGGCGUCUACGACUACCUAACUGGGCAUCUGAGUUUUAGAGAGAGAUCGGACGAUUCGUCAUGA